UAGAUUCAAGUGCACAGUUAUGGAACUAGAGGCAGAGAAAACCUUGAUUCAGGCAGAGAGUUCGGAUGGGCCAAACUCAAACAGUUCAGAUCUUGUAGCUCGUGUAAGGAAACUGCUGUUUCACCGAAUGUUGGUGGGAAUUAGAGAUGGAAGAUUUUUCUUCGGCACCUUCCACUGCAUGGACAAGCAAGGAAACAUCAUUCUCCAAGAUGCUGUGGAGUACCGUAGCACCUGACGCUCCUCUACUUCUCCAAUGGGGCGGUGCCUUGGUCUUAUUCUCAUUCCUUCCUCCUGUUGUUCGUCUUGUCAUGUGGGUUGUUCUAUUGAAGUGCAAUUGUCUCUGCUAAAAUUGUAGAAAUCGAAAACAUUCUGAAUUUCAGA